AUGGCUGUCAUUACUUUCUCUGAUCUUCACACCGAGGCUGGCCUCAGAUUCCUCGAAUCCUUCCUCUCCGGGAAGACAUACAUCUCCGGGAAUCAAAUUACAAAGGAUGAUGUGAAGGUUUACGCUGCUGUUUUGGAAAAACCCAACGCAGAUCUCUAUCCCUCUGCCAGCAAGUGGUACGAUUGCGUUUCUUCGAAACUUGCAACAAGUUUCCCUGGUAAAGCAGCUGGAGUGAGAAUUUCUUCCCAAGCUCCAUCAGCAGAAGCUGCUCUCGUCAAUGGAGUUACCAAUGGAGUUGCCAAGGAAGAUGCUGCUGACGAGGAUGAUGACCUGGAUCUCUUUGGUGACGAGACAGAGGAGGAAAAGAAGGCAGCUGAAGCACGUGAUGAAGCAAAAGCAUCAACAAAGAAGAAAGAAAGUGGGAAAUCAUCUGUUCUUAUGGAUGUAAAGCCAUGGGAUGAUGAGACAGACAUGAAGAAGCUUGAGGAAGCUGUUCGCAGUGUUGAAAUGGAAGGACUUUUGUGGGGUGCAUCAAAACUUGUACCAGUUGGGUAUGGGAUCAAGAAGCUGACGAUUAUGAUGACGAUUGUGGAUGAUCUUGUUUCGGUGGAUACUCUGAUAGAGGAGCGGCUUACACUGGAGCCCAUCAAUGAGUCACAUUAUUCACAAAUAAUUCAUGCUCGGCACGCGUUGUUACAGCGUGUAAAACACCUUGCAGAGCAGACUACUCCUCUUCUCGCUCUUCGGUUCAUUUACGGAACCAAAACUGAAAAAUUAGGUCAAGCAAAACGGAAAAUGAAGAAAGCCGGAGCCGAGAAGAAGAGGGCCCGGCGAUCCUCCGCUGCCAGCCGAGAUCCAGCCACCGAUACUCCUCCUAGGAAACAAGCGAACAAGAAAGAUGUUUUCCAAUUAUUUGCUGAGAAAGUGAGAGAUCAUAAAGACUUGGUGUCUCGGUGGGCGGUGUUACAGGAAACCCGUGUUGAGUACUUUAGAGGAAAAGAUUUUGUUACCUUUUUGAGAAAUCAUCCAGAGCUGAAAGACAUCUUAGAAUCAGAUAGGCAUCUAGAAGUAGAAGAUAUUGUCAAUGUCCUUCUCAGCAAGAAUCUUUUAGUCCGUUGCGAUCGUGUUGUCAAAACAGUACGCCCUGGCAAGAGAAAACUCUCCACCUGGCCAGCUCAUCUAGAGAUAUAUCCCGAUCAGGAGUUUUCUGAUAAUGAUGCGUUUUUUGCAUGGACGUUUGUAAACAAGCGACCUUUAUGGCAAACACUUUUGUCAUUAAGUUGGCCUGUUUUGACUCUUGCAAUCUGCUUAUUCCCUGUGUAUCCCCACCAGGCAAAGCUGCUUAUACUCUACUCUUGUGCUGGGGUACUCCUCCUUAUACUUUGCCUUCUUUUGGUUCGGGGGUUAAUAUUUGGUGCAUCAUGGAUUUUACUGGGGAGGAGGAUCUGGAUAUUCCCAAACAUUUUGGCUGAGGAAGCAACACUGCGUGAGCUUUUCCGUUUUUGGCCCAAAAAAGAUGAAGAAGAAAAGCCAAAACUUACAGCAAGAUUCUUCUUUGCAAUUGUUGCUGUGUUAGCCAUUCUGCUUUUGAGGCAUCAUGCACCUGAUGAGGCUGCUAGGGCUAGGUAUCAGAGGCGGGUUUCUAAUAUUAUUGAUGAUGUCCUUGAGUGGGACCCACGGUUGGCUUUGUCCGGGAUGAUGGAUAGUAUGCAGUCAGAGGAGGUUAAUGGUACUGAAACCAAUGGGAAUUUUACAGAUGGUGAAAGGGCGGAUGAUGUUAAUCGAAGUACAGAUGAGAAAGAUCAUCUGUUUGAUGAUGAUGAUAAUGAUAAUGAUAAAGAUCAUAUAUAGGAGAAAUGUAAACAUUCAAUAGAAGAAGAUUACAAGUUUUUGAAAAAGGAAUACUAUUAUUAUUAUUAUUAUUAUUAUUAUUAUUAUUAUUAUUAUUAUUAUUAUUAUGUAUUUUCUCUUUUUUAUAUUGGCUUUGAG